GCCGUCGUUUUAGUCGUUCCAUUGCUCGCGUGUGAAUUUUCUAUGUGAAAUUUCGCCUAUAUUUGAUGAAAAAUAAAUGCGAAAUAUAAUUUAAAUCAUUUCAUUGUUAGUUUUUGCAGUUUUGUGUAUAUAGCAGAAAGGAAGUGGUGAUAUAUUUGCUUCAAGUUAAACUAUUGAAGUGUUUGAUGUGCUCCUUUUCCAAAAGUGAUCAUCUAAGCAAUUUUAACUUAAAAUAAGCUAUUGCCGAAUACUUCUCAAAGCAAUUUUGAGUCUUCGCUAUAGUACAAUACAUAGACUUCAUUGAUUACAAGUCAUGUCGCAUCAUAGCGAUGAUCACCUUCUGCAGGCCGGAAGUGAUUCUUUCUGGGAACCUGGCAAUUACAAGCGUACCACCAAAAGAAUCGAAGAUGGUUACAAGCUUUGCAAUGACUUGCAAACUUUAAUACAAGAACGCGCCGAUAUCGAAAAGGGAUAUGCAAAGAAUUUACGUGCGUGGUCGAAAAAAUGGGGAGAGCUGAUUGAAAAAGGUCCCGAAUAUGGUACUUCAGAAGCGUCCUGGAAGAGCGUACUCACCGAGGCUGAGCGUAUUAGUGACGUACACAUGAAAAUAAAAGAAAAUCUAUGUAACGAUGUGAGCAGUCAAAUAAAGAGUUGGCAAAAGGACAAUUACCACCAUACACUAAUGCAAAUCAAACAACGCAAAGAUAUGGAGGAUAUGUUUAAAAAAGCUCAAAAACCUUGGGCUAAAUUAUUAGCUAAAGUAGAGAAGACAAAGUCUGAUUACCACGCUGCCUGCAAAACAGAACGUAGUGCCACAAAUCAAGAACGCAACGCCACAGCGGAUAGUUCCCUAUCGCCAGACCAGGUUAAAAAAAUGCAUGAUCGCGUGCAGAAAACUAAAGAUCAAGUAGCAAAAUGUCGAGAAAAAUAUGAACAGGCCAUUGCAGAGAUUACCAAAUAUAAUUCGGUAUACAUCGAGGAUAUGACGUCAGUGUUUGAAAAGUGUCAAGCCAUGGAGCGAACACGAUUAAUCUUUUUUAAAGAUGUCCUGUUUAACAUUCAUGGCUGCUUGGAUCUAACCAAGGUGCAAUGUCUGCCACAAAUUUAUGAAGAAUUUUAUCACACCAUAAAUAAUGCAGAUCAACAGAAAGACCUUAAAUGGUGGUCAAACAAUCAUGGUGUUAAUAUGGCUAUGAAUUGGCCGGCAUUUGUGGAAUAUACUGAAGAGUUUCGCGAUAUUGCAAAGGGUAGCAAGUCAAAGGAGGCACUUCCAGCAGCACCAAUCACACUUAUUAAUCAGCGCCCAGUCUCUGAGGAUCCACAUGAAUAUAAUACGAACAGCUUAAAGAAAACAUCAAGUUCGAACAAAUCCAGUGGUAGAGCUGCACAAGAUUCCGCAUCUUCUCCUACAACCGCAACAGCAUCAACGGUGAUUGGAAAAAGCUCUAAUUCAACAUCAGCUUCAAACAAUCGCAAUUCAGGCGUAACUAACGGUAAUGGCAAACCCGAAGUUAAUCCUUUCGAAGAGGAAGAGGAGUGGGAUGAAGGUGACAAUAUUCUAGUUGAUAACGGUGAAAAAGGUGUGCCAGUCAAGGCUUUAUACGAUUAUGAAGGCGCAGAAGAUGACGAAUUAACAUUUAAACAAGGUGAUGUCUUUGAGAAACUUGAAGACGAAGACGAGCAAGGUUGGUGCAAAGGACGCAUGAAUGGACGCGUUGGACUUUACCCUGCAAAUUACGUAGAGCCGCUACAUACGUAAACAAUAUCAAGCAUACAUUUUUAACAAUAUAACAAUAUCAAAUUUGAAAUAAAAAUCUAUUAGUUACAGUUGAUUGCCAACUAGGGAAAUUUCUAGAAAUGUGCAUUUUGCUACAUUGUUAAACUUCUGGCGAACACAUAUAUAAAAUUAUAUAUAAUAUUAUAUAAUAUAUACUUACAUUUCUUCGCAAUGUAAAAGGAACAUGAAGCCCAAAAGAAAUUAGUAAGCAAUAUUUAAAACACAUCACCAUUCGAACCAUAUUUUGUGAUUGUAGUGUACUUGUUUAUUUUUUUGUUGUUGUAGAUUUUUCAGUGAUUGUUUUAAACAAUUCGAAAUUAUGAAAAAAUAAGGUUGAAUAAGAUUUGUCAGCUUAUUGAUAUUAGCAGUGAAAAUUUGAAAAAUGUGAUUAUAAUCAUUUAUUUAUUAGUCGUUAUCAAGCUAAAAGCAUUUCAAAGCUGGAAGGGCAAAUUUAUGAUUACAUCCGGAAUUCCGCCUAUUAAAAAUCUAUGCGAGCCUUAGAAAAAGGUAUUAUUUAUAAACACUCCGCUCUCUCGUGGAGAAUUUUUUUUUUUUGUAUGCAAUACAAAAUAUAUAUGUUACAAAAUAUUGAACAAAAACAAAGCUUAAAAGAGGGAUUACAUUAUCACCCAUUUCCAUCAAAGGCGCAAUAAUAGUUUUUUUUUAUCGCCAACCCUCCAUUUGUUUCAACUACACAAGUAGACAAACACUAAACAAUUAUAUUGAAAUGUAUGGAAGGUGUACAUAUCCCUACAAUUUUAGUACCAGCAGUUAUUAAGAUAUUUCGAAAUUUCAUGUAACGGUGUCAGGAACAGUUUCGGUUUCAAGUUGGACAUUCUAUACAAAUUCACUAUAGAAACUUUCGCUGCCGGUGUGAAAACGGCGCUGAUAUUUUGAUUGCUAUUGGUGCUGACCGUGAAAUUUGAUAUCAGAACCAAAGCGAAUUGCUUCCGUAGACAUAAUAAUGAAUAUCACUGAUACUAUUUAUAAUAAUUAGAAAAGUUAUUAAUUUUGAAUUUAAAAUUCGUUCCGUGUUUAGAAGAGAAAGUCCAAUAUGAGUGCAUAGUUUGUGGAUAAAUGUAAGUCCAAAUAGCAAAUGUAGAAUGCUAAUAAAAUGUAGUUAUACUAAUAAUGAUUCAUAUGAUCAUAUAAAUAUUUUCUUUUAUUCAGUGUUUCCUCACAAAGAGAUCGUUAGAAUGGAUGAUAUAUUUUAUUAUUUAAUUUAAUUUAUACCAUAUUUUAUUUAAAUAAAAAUCAUGUUUUAAUGUAUGUAUUAUAUUUUACAUUGGUCUAUCUUUGUAACAUUUUACUCUUGUAAUAUGUAUAACAAAAUUUAGUUUUCUUGCUGCCGUAAUUUUAUUAAGGUUGACGUUAAAAAUGAAAAAACACCACCUAAGAGCCAAACUUCAAGAAAAAAGAAUAUAUUAAAAUUAGUUAAAAGCAUAUACAAUACUAAACAAACGACAGAAUGUAACAAGUAUUUAUACAUAUAAAAUUAUAUAAUUUACAAAACAUU